GGCCACGUGGGCAUUGAGGGGAACGAACUUGCAGAUAAGCACGCAAAGCGAGCGGCUGAAGGGGACAGCUCGUGCGAUGCCCGCCUCCCAGCCCUCUUCCGAAAACCCCUCCCCGUGAGCCUGGCCGCUUCACGUCGUGCGCAUCUGGAUGUGAUCAAGUCCCGAGCGGCCGAAACAUGGAAGACAUCAACGAGGGGCAAACGCCUGGCCAGGAUCGACCCCGACCUCCCUUCCCCGACCUUCAUCAAA